CCCGCCGCUGCCGGGGAGGCUCGCGCUCGAGCUGCGGCGCCGGCCCCGCCGCCUGGGCCCCGGCCCGGCCCCUCCCGCGCCGCCCGGGCGAUGAGAAGCUGCUUCUGCGUGAGACGGAGCCGGGACCCGCCGCCGCCCCAGCGGGGAACAGACAAGUCCACCAUGCCUGAAGUCAGAGACCUUUCAGAAGCCUUGCCGGAGACGCCCAUGGACCCCAUCACAGGCGUGGGGGUGGUGGCUUCGCGGAACCGUGCCCCGACAGGCUACGAUGUAGUCGCACAGACAGCAGAUGGUGUGGACGCUGACCUCUGGAAAGACGGCUUGUUUAAAUCCAAGGUUACCAGAUACCUGUGCUUCACAAGAUCAUUUUCCAAAGAAAAUAGUCAUUUAGGGAACGUGUUGGUGGACAUGAAGCUCAUUGACAUCAAGGACACUCUGCCUGUGGGCUUCAUCCCGAUCCAGGAGACGGUGGACACACAGGAAGUGGCUUUCAGAAAGAAGAGGCUGUGCAUUAAAUUCAUCCCCCGGGAUUCCACGGAGGCGGCGAUCUGUGACAUCCGGAUCAUGGGCCGGACCAAGCAGGCCCCCCCGCAGUACACGUUCAUUGGGGAACUGAACAGCAUGGGGAUCUGGUAUCGAAUGGGCAGAGUUCCAAGAAACCAUGACUCAUCUCAACCCACAACACCUUCCCAGUCGUCAGCUGCUUCCACCCCAGCCCCCAGCCUUCCCAGGCACAUCUCCCUGACGCUGCCCGCCACCUUCCGGGGCAGGAGCAGCACGCGGGCUGACUACGAGUACCAGCACUCCAACCUGUACGCCAUCUCAGCAAUGGAUGGUGUGCCUUUUAUGAUUUCAGAGAAGUUUUCUUGUGUUCCAGAAAGUAUGCAGCCCUUUGACCUGCUGGGAAUCACCAUCAAGUCUCUGGCGGAGAUAGAGAAAGAGUACGAGUACAGCUUCCGCACCGAGCAGAGCGCCGCCGCCAGGCUCCCGCCCAGCCCCACGCGCUGCCAGCAGAUCCCGCAGUCCUGAGGGCCCAGCUGCCUCCUGCCUCCUGCGGGGAGAAGACGCAUCGCCCGGCGCCCGAGUGCCCGCCUCGCCCGCCCCCUCCGCCGCCCUCCACUGCCCCACCGGCUCGGUGGGGCGACUCGGGCAGCUGAGCUCUCCAUCCCGGUCAUCAGCUUGCCUGACAUGACGCCCCCCUCCCUGGGGACAUUCAUAACCUCGACUAACCUGUGUGUGCCGUAGCGACGGCUCCUGACGUGUCCGUGUGAGGAGCAGUCAUCCUUAAACAGCCCUGCAGCCGGGGCCACCAGUGACUCCCUUCCCUCCCGUCGCUGCCGCCAGCCACUGCCCCUCCUGGGAGACCCAGGCGGCUCCCAUCACCCGCCCAGCGGCUGGAGCAAGGCCCUCAGCCCCACUGCAUCAGGUGCCCCAGCGCCUCACGACGGCUCUGCCCGAGGAGGAAGAGCCGGUGGCCCAGGUGGACCGCGCCUGACUCCCCACCCGCCGUGAGCAUCCGAGCUGGGACUCGGCACAGGAUCCACACGGACGCCCUGAGGUCAGGGGCAGCGUGCCCGGCGCUCCCUGCCCAGGACGCUGUGCUCACCACCUCACACCCACGUCCCCCCAAAGGGCUCGUCUCUGCAGUGCCCACGUGCCAUCAGCAGUGCCAACUGCCUCUGCCCGGUGCCUGACCCGGGACCACAGCCACUGGCCUCCCAGGUUGUCGAGGAAAGAGGCUCUGAGCAGGGCCUGCCGCGUCCCACCGCCUCCGCUCACAGGAACAGCUGGGAACAGUCCGUCUGACCCUGGUCGUCGAACCGGGACCGGCACUGACCUUUCUGCCACGAGUGGCCAGUGGACACAGCGCCGCUGCGGAGUCCACCUCGACCCGCAUCUGCCAUGAGCACGGGGUCCGCUGUGCCUGGAGCAGUGAGGGCCCCACCAGGACGGCAGCACGGGGGGGGGGG